ACUCUUAAAUACUUUUUUAAAUUCAGGAUCAAAAGCUGAAACUUGACUGUGUGAAAAAGGAAAAGAGACAAGGCAGAAAACACCGACACGUGGUAAAACACAGCCCAAGUCUUCACCAAGGCGGCGGAGGGUCUAUCAAGGACGCAGGAAGUUGAUGAGGAUAAGGGCGGGGAUGAGCACAUGACUGAGCAAUGGACUCAGAAGUCAGCGGGACGAUGGAGGUGACGGCGCUCGGCCGACCUUUCAGUGUCGGGAUGUUGUACGACUGCCGCAAAGAUUCCCUCGUCCCUGGAAUGACAUUGUGGGACCAUGAUGACCUGAUAAAACAUGUACGAGAAAGACCGCAGAACUAUAAUGAUUUUGAGAUAGUUGCAUCUGAAUCUAUUGAGGGCAAAUCUAAAGCACUGAAUGUUGAUGCAUCACUUAAAGCAAGUUUCCUGGGUGGACUCGUACAAGUUGACGGAUCGGCCAAAUACCUGAACGAUAGUAAGAGUUCCAAAAAUCAGGCCAGAGUAACACUGAAGUACAAAGCUACCACAAAGGUCCAGGAACUAUCAAUGAACCAUCUUGGAAGAGGCAACGUGAAGCAUCCGUAUGUCUUUGAUAAAGGAUUAGCAACACAUGUAGUCACAGCUGUUCUUUAUGGGGCACAAGCCUUCUUUGUCUUUGACCGUGAGGUGUCUGAACAGGAAGAUCAUCAAGACAUUGAAGGAAACUUGAAGGUGAUGAUCGAGAAAAUUCCCUGUCUUAAGAUAGAGGGUGAAGGUUCACUGAAAAUGGAAGACAAGGACAGAGCAAGUGUUGAGAAAUUCUCCUGCAGAUUCUAUGGAGACUUUUCCCUUCAGAAACCUCCUACAUCCUUUCAGGAUGCAAUACAAGUCUACCAAAGUCUGCCAAAAUUGCUGGGAGCCAACGGAGAAAACGCUGUACCAAUGAAGGUCUGGCUGCUGCCACUGACAUGUUUGGAUUCUUCAGCUGCUAAACUCGUCCGUCAGAUCAGUAUAAGAUUAGUUCAAGCAUCCCAGAGUGUCCUGGAGGACUUCAGUGAGCUGGAAAUGAGGUGUAACGAUGCACUGAACACCAACACUGCACAGCAGUUCCCACAGAUUAGCAACAAACUUAAAACUUUUAGAGAGAUGUGCUCUGAGUUCAAACUGGAAUUCCAACAAACCUUGGCAAAGAAACUUCCGUCAAUCCGAGGAGGAGGAGAAGAAGAAGCUGUGCUCGCAGAGAUCCUGAAGAAGAGACAUUCUUCUCCUUUCAACAGCAAAGAUCUGAAUGAGUGGAUGGGCUGUAAAGAGAGAGAAAUGUACACUUUAAAAUCUUUAACCAGCAUGAUGAAGAACACCAAGAUCGUCCCAUCUCAAAAUCACCUGCACAGAGAAAUUCUCGGUGCUGAACAUGCUGUGUGUUUUGUCUUCACCUCACUGGGAAGUGUUGAACCGUACCUGUCAACUUUAUCAAACUACUUACAACAAACAGCCACACCAGACGAAACUCAAGAUUCACAUACUCGAGAUGUAGAGAAGGAACAAUGGUACGCCUCAAAAGAAACAGCAGAUACAAUGAGGCAUAAAGCAAAGCUCUUCAGUGAUUUUGCAGAGGCCAACCGGAAGAACAAGAACAUGAAGUUCCUGACAGUGGGAUUAACAAAUGAGACACAGAAAGGUUCGAGCAUCUGCCUUUAUAAAGACGGCUUUGCUGUCAAUGAGAACUUUGAACCACCUUCAAAGCCUGAAACAGUAACAGUAAGUGACAUCAACCACAACAGCGUGACACUGAAGAUUUCUCCACCCAGAUUUGGAGCAGAGAACAUCACCUCAUACUGUACCGAGUACUGUGUGAGCGCAGAGGAUGGAUGGCAACAAAAGACAGUAUCAAAAGCUGAAGAAGUCACAGUGAGAGAUCUGAGUCCUAACACAGAGUAUCUGUUCAGAUGCAGAGCAGUGACCUCAGAAGGUGUUGGGCCAGACAAUGAAGUCAGUGGUUCCAUUAAAACUUUACCUUGCAGCCCUCCUGGAAAACCACAAGUUGAAUCAAACUCAAGUGAGAUAUUAGUUAGCUGGAAGAAACCUGCUGAGCUUGGACAAGAUGUCCAGACUUUGAGAUACAUCGUGGAGUCUGCAAAAACAGACAACGGGAUGAAAGAGGAAGAUCUCCAGUGGAAGCAAAUGACGUCUGAGGCUGAAAAGGCGAUCAUUGCAGGACUUCAGGCAGAGACACAAUAUGUUGUCAGGGUCAGAUGUGAUUGUGGUGACGCUGGCAGAAGCAAGGAAAGCAUCUCUGUUAAUGUCUGCACAACAAAACUUAACCUUCUCACAGAAUCACUCAAAAGUACAAGUGAAAGGAUCAAUUCUGGAUCCCCUUCAGUUUACAAACUGCCUGUGAAAGAAGAAGACACGCACAUAGAUGGAUGCCGAAAAUACAAUUUUGGCAAAGAAAGCACGAGACAAAGUCGAACGAUUAUACUUUUAGGAGCGACCGGAUCUGGACAGUCCACUUUGAUCAAUGCAAUGAUCAACUACAUUGUCGGUGUAGAGUGGAACGACAAUGUCAGAUUCAAAUUAAUUGAUGAGGAUCAGUCGAGAUCACAGACUUCUGCAGUCACUGUGUACAAAAUCAACCACCAGGAUGGUUUUAAAAUAGAUCACUCACUGACCAUUGUUGACACUCCAGGUUGUGGACGUGCAAGAGGCAUUAAAAGAGACAGGAAGAUCACAGAACAGCUGCAUGAAUUUCUCUGUGCUCAGCACGGUCUCAGAGAAAUAGACGCUGUGUGUUUUGUAGCUCAGGCUGCUUUAGCACAACUCACACCAACACAUAAAUCUGUGUUUGACUUGGUGCUCUCCAUCUUUGGUAAAGAUUUGGCAGAAAACAUCAGGGUUAUGGUGACGUUUGCAGAUGGGCAACGUCCACCAGUUCUAGAGGCCUUCAAUGCUUCAGGUGUCACAUGUCCUAAAACAAAAGACGGACUGCCAGUUCACUUCAAAUUCAAUAAUUCAGCCUUGUUUGCAGACAACAAAUCAUCUGCAGCAGGCAGCAUGAGUGAGGAUGAAGAAGAUGGAGGCUUUGAUCAGAUGUUUUGGAACAUGGGAACAAAAAGCAUGAAGAGGUUCUUCGAUGCUUUCGCUGAAAUAAAAACCAAACCAAUGAAAAUGGAGGUUCUCAAAGACAUACAGCAGUUCGAGGAUUCAAUUAAAAAGUUGGAGCCACAGGACGGAGAUUUAGAAGAGCUGAAAGAAAAGUUCCUUAGAGCUACAGUAACAAAGAGCUCUGUUCAGGCACUGAUUGAAAAUCUGAUGCAUGAAUGUAAACAUGAGCUUGUUGAGAUGGCGAAACUGAUGAAGACGUGUUCCAAGUGUCUGAUAAGACUCAAAAAGAAAACACUGAAGGCCGAUCUUCUCUCCGCUUCAGAAUACAUUGACUUCCUGAUUGAGGGAGAGCAAUCAGAAGCCAAGCCAGGCUGGAAGAAACGAGUUAAGUUCCUGAUAAAGAUGAGAGGUGAUGAUGGUGAUGGUGAUGAUGAUGGUGAUGAUGAUGAUGAUGAUGAUGGUAAUGGACCUUCAGACACAGUGAUGGACAAGAGGGCCAUGGUCAUGGGCACUUGA